UGAGGAAUGGCUGACGAAAGCCCGAGUGGAGAUGGUAGCCGUUAUGAAUUCGACGCCCCGUCCUACGUGACUGACUUUGACCAGUUGGAGACCAGCGAUGAUACUUGGUUUGAACAAAAAGCUUCUAUAGGAGAUGGUCACCUUUUCACUCCUAUGAGAAAUAUGGAGCAAGAGGUCAGUGAAGAGGAACCCAAAGCCAUUGAAGUCCCUCAAGUCCAGGAUGUUGAAGACGAAGGUCCCAGUACUUCAGGCACAUCAGCAGCUCCAAACAUAGUCACAUGUUGGGGUGGUGGAACCUCUGCUCAUGGUGGUGCCAAACCAAAGACCAGGUCCUCUAGUCGGCCCCCUGCACAACAACGCAGGGUGUCGAAACGCAAAGCAGAAACGAGCGCUCCAGAACAACCAGUAGUCAAAAACUCUGUAGAUGAUGAGCUGGAGCGCAUCAAGAACCUCCAGAAGGAGGUGGCACUGCGACGCAAGAAGAACGAAGCCAGCUACAAAGCUGCUCUGGCAGGCAUGCCACCACCCAAAAAAAUGGCCCUGUCCACAACUGUACCUGAAGAGUUCCAUUUAAGCACAAGCAGUCGUACCAGGUCUGCAUCCAAAAGAGCCCAAAAAGAAGCAGAUUCUUCUUGCCGGGGAGCAGCUACUUAUGUUCCCAUGGCCCAGGCUAUACAACAGUAUGAGAAACGAAUCCCAGACCGCUACCAUCUGCCCAGUCGCCAGAAUCUGGUGAAAGGGCCAUGCCCAGUAAAGGGCAACCACCUGAAGCUCACCCAGCCUCACUCCCCACACCUGAUGACCCGCCAACGAAGCCGGCCAACCGGUGCUAAGAGCAGCGAAGACCUGGAGGUUGAAGAGGUGGAGAAACUUCAGAAGAAUAAAUUCAAGGCCAAUCCAAAGCCCAAGAAGAUCCUGGAGAAAGUAGUGGGAGUUCCAGAGAAGAAAACCGUGCUGCCGACUGUGCCAGAGUCUCCAGCUUUUGCGCUCAAGAACAGGGUCCGUGUGGACAAGGUUGAGGAGGUGAAACCACCCUCACCAGUCAAGGCCCCCCCAGUCCCUCACUUUGGGCUGCCCUUCCAGCCCCGGCUGCCAGAGAAACACCACGUGGAGGUGCGUCCUUUCUCAUUUGAGGAGAGGGAGAGAGAGAGGAGGGUGCUGAAAGAGAAGAAGCUGCAGGAGAAUCGAAAUGAAGAGGUGCCAGAGUUUAAGGCCCAGCUCCUGCCGUGCUUCGACACAGUGGUCCUCCCUGUGAAGGUAAAGGUGGAGCCCACCAAGCCUAAACCCUUCACACUGCUGACUGACGAACGCAGCAGUGUGAAGAGCAGCCAGCAGGAAAAUCUGGUGAAAGAGGAGCAGAAGCGGCAGGAGGAAGCAGCAGCAUUCAAAGCCAGGCCCAACCUGGUCACUCACAAAGAGCCUUUCCAGCCCAAACUGGAGCAUCGGACUAUAAUGGCUGUAGCGCCCUUUGAGCUGGCGACAGACCGGAGGGCCAGGGAGUGGGAGGAGAGCAAGCAGCUGGCCAGUGAAAAGGAGACACACAGGGCCAUGGUGGAUGAGGACAGGAGAAGAGAGGAGGAGCAGCGGGUGAGGGAGGAGAUUGUCAGGCUCCGCCAUGAACAGGUGCACAAGGCUCAGCCCAUCAGACAUUAUAAACCUGUGCUACUGAAGAAGAGUGAGACUCCCCUCACUGUUCCAAAGUCUCCCAACUUUAGUGACCGCUUUGCACUGUGAGCUUGCCUUUUUAUAUUAUUAACCUGUACCCGUUGUUGUCUGUACUAUCUAUUGUAUUCUCCGUUUUUAUGUUUUUUCUAUGACAUUCUUACCAAACCACUGUAUAGCUGCAUUGCUUUAAUACAAAUCUAACAUGUGACAAUUUAGAGUUUUUAAAGUUCAGGUUCAUACAAUGUGAACACUUUUACUUUUCCUCUUAAGAAAACUCUUUUGUUUUUUCCUCCAGUAAAUAAACUGUAUAAAGUU